CUCUUAUUUUGUCUUCCAGUGGGUUCCAUGCACACCGCUACCCUGCUGACUGUCAGAGACCAACAUGCCUUAUGGGACUCUCACCUGGCAUCACUUACAUUCCACAAAGACCCAUGUCUACAUUCCAAAAAUGUGCACUAGCAGCAAGCAACAAGCGUUAGCAACCAACACAAUUUGAAGCCGUUUUCUACCAAGCCUGCCUGCCUGCCUGCCUGCCUGCCUCCCCCAAGCACAGCAGUGCCAUUAGAACUUGCAAACCUGCCUUUUUCAGUUUCUCUACAAUCAACUUCUCUCUGUUCCCAAAGGGGGUGACUGCCUAUCAUGAGAUUCCGAGUCUACAAGAGGAAGGUACAAUACACGACGAGUCCCAAGUCAUGUGUAUGUGCUGCAUGUUUCUGUACUGGGCAUGUUUUAAAUGGCACCAACAAAACAAAUAUAUUUGAAAACAGUAAUAGACAAUAAAACGUCAUUUAUUGUGACAUAUUUAGUUCUGCUGAAGAAGCAGGACCCACUGGAUUAAUUGAAUGAUUAAAUAAGUUAUUAACUAAUGUAAACUCAUAUGAACUCUUACUUGGGGAUCCAUAAUAAAUACAAAUAAAUAAUCUUACUGUAUCUUUAAAUCAAAAAAGAGAAUAGAAAUAACGAUGCCAAUGAGUCCAAAACCGGGCAUGGGAUAUGAUAUGUAUUUUAUGUCCAGGUGGUGAUACUGACACUGGUGGUGGUGGUGUGUGGCCUUGCCUUCUGGACCAGUGUGAAGCUGAAGAAGAGCAGUAGAGUGGUGGUCCCGAAAGAGGCUGAGGUGGCAAGGAGAAGCAGCAGUAGCCAGGUACAGGUACAGCCGCAGGCCACGCCUGCAGUCAGCCGGAGACCUAUCGUACCACCCAUCGCACCUGUAGCACCUGCCAACGAGACACACCCAAAUAACCACCCCGAAAAGCACCUGGGGAAGGAGGUAAAACCGGAGGUGGACAACACCACCCUGGUCUACCGUGGCAUUGUGUUCCAGCUCAACUUCGACCAGACAGUGAGACAUGAGGAGAAGUUCAGGGCAGCGAGGAAGAAGGACGAUCUGGUGGUGGUGGUCCAGGUGCACAACAGACCAGACUACCUGAGACUGCUGGUGGAGAGUCUGAGGAAGGCCAGGGGCGUGGAGAACAUCCUGCUCAUCUUCAGCCACGACUUCUGGUCCCCAGAGAUCAACCAGGUGGUGGCCUCGGUGGACUUCUGCCAGGUCCUCCAGAUCUUCUUUCCCUUCAGCAUCCAGCUGUACCCCCAGGAGUUCCCGGGCCACGACCCCAGGGACUGCCCCAGAGACAUUUCCAAGAUAGACGCCUUAAAGCUGGACUGCAUCAACGCAGAGUACCCCGACUCGUUCGGUCACUACCGCGAGGCCAAGUUCUCCCAGACCAAGCACCACUGGUGGUGGAAGCUGCACUUUGUGUGGGACAGGAUCCGGGCCCUGAAGGACCACCGGGGUCUGGUGCUUCUCAUUGAGGAGGACCACUUCCUCUCCCCGGACUUCCUCCACCUCCUCAAGCUGAUGUCGAUCCUGAAGAGGGAGAAUUGCCCUGACUGUGACAUCCUGUCUCUGGGGAGCUACGGCCACAUUAGUUACGCAAGUAAAGCCAACAAGGUGGAGGUGAAAGCCUGGAAGUCCACCGAGCACAACAUGGGCAUGGCUCUGAGCAGGGAGACCUACCAGAAGCUUAUCCAAUGCACCGACGCCUUCUGCACCUAUGACGACUACAACUGGGACUGGUCCCUGCAGCACCUGACCGUAACCUGCCUGCCCUCCUACUGGAAGGUCAUGGUGAGCGAGGCGCCUCGGGUCUUCCACGCCGGGGACUGCGGGAUGCACCACAAGAAGUCUGUGUGUAUGCCGUCAAGCCAAAAGACCAAGAUAGAGAACAUCCUUCAGAGCAGCAGCCAUCAGCUGUUCCCCAAGAACCUGCUGAUUACUAAGAGACUUCCGGCUAACGGGGCAGGGGGGGUGGCGCCCCACGUGAAGAACGGGGGCUGGGGGGACAUUAGGGACCAUGAACUCUGCAAGAGCUACCUUCGAUUACAGUGA